CAAAAAUCUCACCGCGCCACUGCAGAUUCAGCGUCCACACAUCAUCGCCAAAUCAAUCUAUCACCAUGGGUAAAGUUCACGGAUCUCUUGCCCGUGCCGGCAAGGUCAAGUCUCAGACUCCUAAAGUUGAGGCCCAGGAGAAGCCCAAGACCCCCAAGGGUCGUGCUCUUAAGCGCCACAAGUACACCCGACGAUUCGUCAACGUCACUCUGACCGGUGGAAAGAGAAAGAUGAACCCCAACCCCGGCUCUUAAACGAAUUAGACCAUGACUAGGGAGAGAAGGAUGUAAAGAUUGACAACGGGGCCGUUCUCCGAUGGUUGCUUGAUUUCAGCAGAAGGCAAAUGGAAUGAGUCGGGUCGAUUGGCAGGCUGAGCAUCAUCUACAGUUUGAGAGAUGCGAAGAAGCG